CUCCGUGUUGUGUUCUUCAUUAGAGACCCGGAAGUGAGCUAGCGCCUCCUCUGAGCUAGCGGUUAGCCGAGGCUGUUUCCCUGCGCGAUGAAAACACGGAGGAACCGGGGAACACAACUCUGACUGUUGUGGCCUAACAACCAGCACAGGAGCCGGCGAGCCCGACGUGAAAAAAACAACCGACCCGUCCCGGCUGCCGCCGAGGCCGCUAACCCGCUCGCUCGUUAGCCAUCUGGAAGGAACUGUCGCUCUCUUUAGCUUUAGCAUUAGCCGCUGACCGUUAUCGGGCAGUGCACCCCGGUGGUGAUGGCCGAGGCUCGGAGAGGAUGUGUGCUGGCCGGGCUUCUCCUCCUCCUGCUGCUGGUGGCUGGGUGCGAAGCGAGGAUACACAAGCUCACCCUCAGGAAUGAAAGUCGUUUUGCUGUCGACCUCAACAACUUUGGCUUCUAUGCUAACGGGACCCUGGACGUCAGCCUGACUUCUCUGCAGCUCCCCGACUACCAGCUGGUGAACUACAGCACCAACCCGGUGGGUUUCACCCUCUCUAGGUCACGUGUGAAUGGAGUCCUGCCCUACACAGUAGAGGAGACAGAAAGAUGUCCGCUCAUUACAGAGGAGUCGGCCAAUAACGAGGAGCCUCUUAUUAUUUUUCUCAUCAAUAUCCACUCCCUCAGCGUCACAGUGAAAGCUGUAGGUGACCAAGACAACAUCUUGACAGCAAGGCCAAAGGCUAAUGAGCCGAAAGGUCAGAGGAAAUCCAGGGAGGCUCUUGACGUUAAACCAAAUGGCACUCCAGAGAAUCCAGAUAAGACAAGUGAGGACAAAAAGGACAAGUCUGUGGUUCAGGAAAAGGAUGAGAAGACAGAACCGAAAGCACCAGAAGAAGCUCCAAAAGAGGAGGAAAAUAGAUUUGAUCUGGGGAAGACCAAGAAACUGACUUUAGCUUUGGACAAAGUCAACGGCUCAUAUAACUUCAGUUUCAACAUUGUGAUUGGCCCGCUGGCGCAGGGUCUCUACAGCCUCAAAUUUCACUACUGUCAGAACAAGAUGCCUGGAUUAAAACGGCCCUACUCAUUCACUGUGGAAGUGACGGAGAAGAACCUCAGCGGCUACCUGUCUGCAGCAGAAAUCCCCCUGUCCCGGCUGUACAUUUGUAUGGCUGGAGUCUUCUUCACCGCUGCCAUGGUCUGGGUGUACACACUCAUGAAGCACAGGUACAGCGUGUUUAAGAUACACUGGCUGAUGGCAGCACUGGCCUUCACCAAGGCCACGUCAUUGGUUUUCCAUAGUAUCAACUUUCACUUCAUCAACACCAAGGGGCAUCCUAUCGAGGGCUGGGCUGUCAUGUAUUACAUCACACACCUGCUCAAAGGAGCUCUCCUCUUCAUCACACUGGCACUCAUCGGCACCGGCUGGGCUUUCGUUAAAUACAUCCUGUCCGACAAGGAAAAGAAGAUCUUCAUGAUCGUCAUCCCCCUGCAGGUUCUGGCUAACGUUGCCUACAUCAUCAUCGAGUCUACAGAGGAAGGCUCCAGUGAAUACUACCUGUGGAAGGAGAUCCUCUUCCUUGUUGACCUCAUCUGCUGUGGAGCCAUUCUAUUCCCUGUUGUCUGGUCGAUCCGUCAUCUCCAGGAGGCUUCAAGCAUCGACGGCAAAGCUGCCAUGAAUCUGGAGAAGCUCAAGCUCUUCCGGCAUUAUUAUGUGAUGAUCGUGUGUUACAUCUACUUCACGAGGAUCAUAGCCAUUCUGCUCAAGGUCACGAUGCCUUUCCAGUGGCAGUGGUGCUACGAGUUUCUGGUAGAAGUGUCCACUCUGAUCUUUUUUGUGUUGACGGGCUACAAGUUCCGACCGGCAUCCAAUAACCCGUACCUCCAGCUUCCCCAGGACGAGGAGGACAAUGAGAUGGAUGAAGUAGUGACUGAGUCAGGGGCUCUGGAGGGGAUUUCCAAAGUGAAGAAGACGUCCAACGGACGCGAACGCCAGAGAGAGUCCACCUUGUGAGCAGGACGCCGCAUCUGUUGGAUGGACGCACUAAAACACAUCCCCUGGCCAGCCUGGUUUGAAGGGAUGCACACGGACCAAGGCGCUCCACCCACGUUGACGGAUAUCACUUUGAAACUCCUGCGGUGCGGCAAGAGUUUUUAAAAAAGGCCGUGCUUCCAGAGAGGAGACGCGUCCACUGUCUGGCUAUGCAAAGAAAAAAAAAAAUCAUACAAAACAAAAAAGACUUUACUCUCUGCAAGGUUUCAGGAGGAGACGAGCUCCUGCCACAUGGAUGGGCGGAGAUAUGGAAAGGAGCUCUGACGUUCUUUACUGUUUCCAUCUCUCUUCCUCGCCUUUCUCUGUGUACACCCACCCCCAUCCCCACCCCGCCCCCCUCUAUCUCUCCCCAAAGAUAAUUAUCAUUCUAGAGAAAGACUUGCUUUCAGGUGUGUUUGUAUUGGCUAUUUAAACGGUACUUCUGCGAGCCUCUUAGCUGUACCAUUUCGUGUGUGAUGUGAGUUCACGUGUGUGAAUGUGUGACGACACAAGAUUUGAACACAACCAUUCUUUUUUGGAGACAAUAGCCCGAAACUCAGGUAACAGGCUAAUCAGUACAUAUAUUUAAAAAAAAUGGCAGGCAACAGUCUUUAAUGUGUUGCACCUUUUCCGACACGUGUCCAGGACUCAGUAAUGUCCCUUCAGUCAUUAUACAGCUUCACCACCACACAGAACAGUGUGCUACUUUUUUUAUAUAUUUGAUUUAUAUAUUGAAAUAUAUAUAAACGGUUGUAAGAGGUUUAUAUAUUUCAAUAUAUGAACUUAUUGCAAAUUGAGAUGUUCUAUUUCAGUAUUAUUGUUUAUGUUAGCGAGGUGAGAGUCCUUCACAUGGACCGCUGCUGUAAAUUAGUGCUUUAGUGGUUGAGGUCAACUCAACGUGUGGACUUUGGAUCAGUUUCUUAAGUAACCAGAGCGGUGACCCUGCUUCUAUUCAACAACAGCCGUGUUUUCUUUUUAAUUAUUGGCCUUUCUGUGCCAAUCUGGGCAGAGAGGUGACCUAACUGAUUAUUUUGAUUCCAUCUGCUUUUGGUUUUUACCUGGUUUUGUUUUUCUUUUUCUGCUCUUGAUGUGAAGCUUGUUUUAAUAAUUAUUGAUGACUUAUUGGUUCGUGAACGACCAGAAAACGUGUGCAGCCGGGUAAGGUAGACGGCCAUGUGUAAAUAAAUUACAAGAGACUUGUUGAUACAAAAGCAGGCACAUAACACUUUGAUAAGAACUGCAUAGAUGCUUUGUAGACAGUUUCAGAUGGUAACGAGAAAGAUUCCUUUUUAACAGACGGAAGGGAGGAGGAGUGAACGAGAGGAAUCAAUGAAAGACUACUGAGAUUUAACCACACACACACAAACUCUCGAACAGGGACGACAGAGCUGCACAGUGUUUGCAAACUGUUGUUGCGUCUCCGGCUCCUGAUGAUGAGACGUAACAAACAGUCAACCAAAUGAGAGAAGGAGGUUUUGUGCUUGUACAGGAAGCUGUUUGUGUGAACUGUCACAAUAAAGCUGGUGUUCUGGAAAGAUCUCAAAUC